CACCAUUCUCACCAAACCAAAGACCUUUGCCUCCUCUAUCCCUUCAUAAAAACCCCAACAAGCCACCGUCUCUCUCCAAUCCAAAUCCAGUACUCCAAGGAAUCCCAAUGGCUAAACUUGCUGUGCUGUUCAUCCUAGCAUUCUUGUUGGUGGCUGUCGCAGCCUCAGCGGCGAAGUUCGACUACAGAGAUGCCCUCGACAAGAGCCUCCUCUUCUUUGAGGCCCAGAGGUCCGGCAAGCUCCCUCAUGAUCAGCGAGUGAAGUGGCGUGGCGAUUCUGGCCUCAGAGAUGGAUUUCACCAAGGGGUGGACUUGGUCGGAGGAUACUACGACUCUGGCGAUCAUGUCAAGUUCGGACUCCCAAUGGCAUUCGCCAUGACGAUGUUAUCGUGGAGCGUGAUCGAGUUUGAGAAAGAGAUUGCUGCAGCCAACCAACUCGAGUAUGCAUUGGAUGCAAUUCGAUGGGGAACUGAUUACUUCAUCAAAGCGCAUAGGCAACCCAAUACCUUAUGGUGUCAGGUUGGAGAUGGAGACAGCGACCAUUUAUGCUGGCAAAGAGCAGAGGACAUGACAACACCAAGAAAUGCGUAUAAAAUUGAUACUGAGCAUCCAGGAUCGGAGGUUGCAGCCGAGACUGCAGCAGCAAUGGCUGCAGCUUCUUUAGCAUUCAGGCCCUACAACUCCACUUACUCCACUCUCCUCUUGUGGCACUCGAAGCAGCUGUUCUCAUUUUCUGACACGUUUCGUGGUCGAUAUGAUAACUCCAUCCCUUCUGUUCGCGAGUAUUACCCUUCUUCUACUGGAUACUAUGAUGAGCUUUUGUGGGCUGCUGCUUGGCUUUUUGAGGCGACAGACGAUAAAUACUACCUGAAAUAUGUCGUCGAUAAUUCAGCUGCUUUAGGGGGUACUGGAUGGGCUGUAAGAGAAUUCUCUUGGGAUAACAAAUAUGCUGGGUUGCAAGUUCUUCUGACUAAGGUGUUAAUGGAAGAUGAAAGUAAUGCAAACAAUGCUGCACUGAAGCAGUAUCAAGCAAAAGCUGAGUUCUUCUUAUGUGCAUGUUUACAAAAGAACAAUGGCUACAAUGUUGCAAUGACCCCAGGUGGCUUACUCUACUUCAAUGAGUGGAACAACAUGCAAUAUGUUUCAUCUGCUUCGUUUCUUAUGGCAGUAUACUCAGACUAUUUAUUGAUGGAGGGUGCGAAGCUUAACUGCCCUGAUGGACAAGUUCAAGCUAUAGAUCUUCUAAAGCUUGCACAAUCACAAGCUGAAUACAUGCUUGGUGAAAAUCCGAAAUCUAUGAGUUACUUGGUUGGAUACCAAAAGAACUACCCGUCUCACGUUCAUCAUCGAGGCGCUUCCAUCGCAUCGAAAUCUGUUCUUUCUUCUCCUGUUGGAUGUAUCGAAGGGUUUCAAAAAUGGUUCGAUAACAAACAAGGAAACCCCAAUGUCCUUACGGGCGCCCUCGUCGGAGGUCCUGACAUGAAAGACCAGUUCCAUGACCAGCGAUCGAGCUACGAGCAAACCGAGCCUUCUCUUGUAGGAAAUGCUCCUCUUAUAGGCCUUUUCGCAAAAUUGAACAGUUUGUCGGCAGAUUCAGGUUAUCUUCCUGAUAAUACAAAGCCAACACCUCCUGUAGAAACUGAGAACGCUGUUGAGUUCUUUCACUCCAUCACGCACGCAUGGAGACACAAAGGAGAGGACUACUACAGGCACAAGGUCACCGUCAUCAACAAAUGCGGAAAGCCGAUAACUGAAGUUAAGUUUUCUAUAGAGAACCUCUCAGGACCUCUAUGGGGGCUCUCACCAACAUCAGAGGAGAACGAGUACGAGCUUCCUAAAUGGAUCAAAGUGGUGAAGCCUGGAAUGCGCUUCAGUUUUAUUUAUGUGCAGGGAGGAUCACAAGCCAAGGUGUCAGUUGUCGCUUAUCACUGAGAUGAUAAAGGACUGAGAGAGAGAGAGUUCAAAAUUUUCAGAAGAGUGUUUGGCCUGUGCUUGUAGUUCUUUUUAAUUUUGGUUUCCCUCUUUUGAGAUGUUUAUUCGGUUUGUUAGUCGUGAGAAUUUGCUUU